AUGCGGCUCUUUGAGCGGUCCAUAAAAUCACACAACGGCACAAGUGGAUCGCUCACCGUAUAUAAUGACGUUCUUCAAGCUCCCAAAACUCAAGAACCUCUGUUCGUCCAAGUCCCAGUCAAAGCCCUCUACCACUACCCAACCCGAAUCUACAAAAGAAAUGGCAGGAGAACUCCUCUUGAUCACUGGUGUUUCCGGACACGUGGUUUCCGCGUUCUCGCCGAGGCACUCCAAGCUGGCUACAGAGCUCGCGCCGUCGUACGCAAGGCUGAGCAGGUCACGAAGAUCAAGGCGACCAAGUCCAUCUCGCCGUAUGCGGAUAAGGUCGAAUUCGCAGUCGUCCCCGACCUCAGCGUUGAUGGUGCCUUCGACGCCCACACCGCCGGCGUCUCGUAUAUCCUCCACGUCGCCGCCCAGCAGUUCACCUCGGUCGAUGUUCCCAUCGAUGUCGCCGAAUUUGCCAAGAGCAACGUCAAGUUCACGGAGAACAUCCUCGAAGCCGCCGCAAAGGCCCCCUCCGUCAAGCGCGUCCUCAUCACCUCCUCCGUCACCACCCUCUUCACCGGCGAAGGCCUCCAGGGCGACUCUGACCUCGUCCUCAGCUGGAAAUCCGAGGUCGCGAAGGAUCUCGUCAGCCCCCACCCCGAAAAGGCUGUCGGCCCCAUCGCGUACGUGAUCUCCAAGGUCCUCUCCGCCAAGCUCGUCGAGAAGUUCGUCGAGGAGCGCAAGCCCCACUUCACCGUCGCCUCCAUCCUCCUCGGAACCACCAUUGGCCGCUUUGAACUCGCCUCAGAGUCGAAGGAGCUCGUCUCCGGCUCGAACAUCGUCCCCCUUGCGCCCCUCCUCGGAUUCCCCUUCCCACCGACCCAGUCCGUCUUCAUCCACAUCGACGACGCCGCCCAGUCGCAUAUCAAGGCCCUCACCAUCGACAUCGCACCUGGCACCGUCCGCAAGAUCGUGCCCGUGUACAACACCGCGGCCAACCCCGACGCAUUCACCUGGGAUGACUCGAUCGCGAUCGUCAAGAAGCACUUCCCGGGUGUCAUCGAGAGCGGCGCGUUCCCGCUCGGUGGUACCGUGCCGAAGCGUAAGUGCCUCGUCGACUCGUCGGAGGAUGAGAAGGUGCUCGGCCUCAAGUUCAAGACGUACGAGGAGGCUGUUGUCGAUCUAAUCACCCAGUUCCUCACCCUCGCUCAAGCCGCCCAAGCUGCUGCCGCCGCCUCUGCUUAA